UUAUACCCUGAUGUGAUGUCUUACAGUUAUAGUUGACAAAUGGUUUCUGCUUUUGCAAGAUAUGUAUCUUUCGAUUUUUCUGACCUUCGCACAGCUGUUGGCCAGUGUCACGGCCUCGAUAGAUCAGAAUGAGCUGAGCAAUUUAAUCAUCGACUACAUUGAUUACAAAAAUGCCAGUCGUUUGAUUUCGGCAUUCCUUUGUCUGCGAGAUCUUGACUCGGUGUCACUGAGCCAAAAAAUAAUGAAUGCGUCGAUUAGCGCAACGAUAUUUAAUCCGUCGAAAAUAUGCGGUGAUAGAGAAUCGCUGGAGGAUCUCCUCCGCUAUAAUUACCAUAGUAUAAAUAUCGCAACAGACCUUGAUUGCGAGAGUAGCAAGGAACUGCUGACUGGGAUUUCGGCUGGCAAAAUGUUCAACCAUUCCUACUCCUGGCUUUUGACCAGCAAUAAUAAGAGCGACGCCCUAGCGUUCAUGGGAGGGUUGAAUCUGAGCGUCGAUGCCGACGUCGUGGUGGCAAUCACAGCUGAGGAAACCGUCAAAUUAUACGAUAUAUUUAAUACGGGAAGUGAUCGAAACGGGACGUUGAACGCGACAUUUAUCGGUACCUGGCGGUCGUUGUCCCCUCGUUUGAACAUCUUCAAACUGCAAAGCCCGGUUUAUCGCCGCCAAAACCUCACCGGGAUUACUCUGAAAUUUGCUGCCGUGACGGCGUACAUGGAUCCGCGGGAAGAUGACCCGAUCAAGUAUCUUUCCAACCCUGCGAACAGAAGCUACGACACCAUAUCCAAGAUCAAUUACGCCCUGGGUGUAAUCCCUCGCGACUUCUUCAACUAUUCAGUGGAAAUAUCCACGUGGUUCGACUACGGUGGACGAUGGAAUGGGACGCCCUUCUUCGGGAUGAUGGGUGCCUUGGGACGCAGGGAGGCCGAUUUCACUCUUGGCGGUACCGUUGUGACGCAAGAACGGUUGGAGUACUGCACUCCAGUCGUGCAGAACUACCCAUUUUGGACUGGUUUCCUGUUCAAACAUCCCGUCAGUCACUCCGUCAGGAAUGUUUUCCUGGAGCCGUUGUCGCCUUCUACGUGGAACGCGGUGAUGGUCUUGUCACUUCUUGUCACUGUCGUUCUAAGUAUCGGGACGCGCUAUCACAGGCAAGAAAAUGGUAACCCUUGGUCCUUUGGGAUCUAUUCGACUCUGGCCACACUCUUUCAGCAAGGUGGAGAUAUAAGAAACCAUCGUUGUUGCGAACCGCGGCUUCAAGCCCCUCGAGAUCUAAAACUCCAACUGUUCUCAGGGUGGCACAGCUCUCUACCUGGUCAGAGCGGACAUCUCCUCUUCAUAGUUUUCACGCUCUUCAGCAUGCUGCUGUACAACUUUUACAGCGCUUCUGUAGUCUCGUCGCUGCUCUCGACCCCCCCACAAAAUAUUCGUACGAUUGGGGACUUGUUGAAUUUUGGAAUGCCAUCUGCCUACGAGAACGCUUCGUAUGUUCCACACUACUUCAAAAUAUCAACUGUACCCGCGGAAAAGAUGUUCUACGAGAAGAUGCUGCUGGAUAAAGGUAAACCAAAGAUUCUUCCCCGCUCUGAUGGCAUCCGAAGGGUUAAGGAAGGGGCGUUCGCCUAUCACACCACCCCUGCUGACGCUUACGAGGAGAUUGCCCAAGAGUUCGCUCAACCUGAGAUUUGCAGCUUGGCCGAGAUCCCGUUCAUCAGGAAGUCAGUGCUUGCGAUGUGGGCAUCGCGCGAGAAUCCCUACAGAGAGCAUCUCAAGAUCAUACAUCGGCGUCUGCAGGAAGUCGGAAUCCUGGCCAGAGAACAGAAGCGUUGGAUUGCUCCGAAACCGGAAUGCCUCGGUAGCACCGCAGUUAUUAACAGCCUUGCGUUGAACGAUGUAGCCCCGGCAUUUCUGGGUCUCCUGUGUGGCACUUUUGCCGCAGUAUUCAUAUUCGCUCUGGAACUCGCACACCGUUCGUUGAAAGAAAAGGGCCAAGCCACAGGACGUCAUAGGCGGAAAAAAAUCAGAGUCGGAAAACAACGAGAUCCAACGACGGUUAGUCAGCGCAUUUCGUAUUCAAGUCACUGAUGGGCUUGUGUCCUUGUCGACCGUCACAAAAUGACCGAAGGCUUUGGUCUUGUCUCCGUUCUCAUAUAUUUAAUGUGGUUUUGCGUAAAUCACAUAACGUGUCAAUAUCAUUUCCAUCGUUAUGUAGCGCACACACGAUAUAUGUAUACUCGCACGUUACUUACAUGCUAAAUAAAAAUCCGGUUUGAAGCAAUGAAGCACGUUAGGUAUUGUUGGCCAUCAACUUCCGAAGGCCUGCGAAUCAAGAUCAUUGAUUCAAUUAACAUCAUUCGUUUGGCCGCGUGUGGAUCCAAUGCGGAAAACAUUUUGCUGGCACAUUACAUUCGGGGAAAAAGAUUCCGGCUCAUUGUAAAGUCGAAGCAUAUGUUAUCCAUUCGGAUGAAUUUCUCAGUACAAAUCGCUCGUUUACAAGCAUCAAUGCCACGUGCUAGUAUAUCAUUGCCCCUCAAAAAGAAUAGUGACACAAGGAACAAACACUAGCAUGGAAUACGGGAUUAAUUCGUGCCGCAUUCAAAUGGCAUGUUCAUAUAUUUAUCUGCAUUUCGGAGGCACCACGACCUCUAGGUUAACGAUAAGUGGGGGAUAAACUCAUCCAGGGUAUAAUACUCACCUGCAAGUGCUCUCCGUUUACACUUUCCUUUGUCUCGACAAUAGUCUUCUGCUGCUUAGGUGUAUUCGGCAUGCAAUCGACGAUGAUGGUAUUACCGGCGCUAGUUGUUGUGCUCUUGACUUUGGGAUCGACAAUGUCCCUCGAGACGUAUUCCAAUAAAUACGACAACGUCAACGUAGACGUUAUUCUUCACAGCGACCGACUCCUAAACCAAUACAUAGCCUGCGUCUUG